AUGCCUCGUGAAGUGAAUAAAUUAUGUGGUACUCCUACGCCUGCCUCUGGAAGCUUUAAUGAAGGCGAUGACAUUGAUUUCUCCCUUUGUCUGAACCAAAAUACUAUUGAGUCCCCGGACUCAGCACAAAAAAAGCUUCUGUGUGAAAUACGUAAGCUAACACUCAAAGUAAGCGAGCUGGAAAAUUUCUGUGAUGAUUGUGAAAGUGAGAAGCAGGAAAUUCUACAAAUCAAACUUGAACAAGAGAGGAUGAUAUCCUCACUCGAUGAAAAGUGUCGCGCAAAAGAUAGAGAACUAAUUGAACUUCAGGACGCAUUCAAUGACUUGCGUGCUUCUCAAAUGGACAGUGAAAAAUUGAAGGAGGAAUUUGAACGUUUGAAAGCUGCACUUAAAAGUUCUCAAGAAACUAAUGAGUCCGUUGAGGUUUUGCAAAAGGAAAAUGCCGAGUUGAUCAAGAAGAAUAUUACCUUUAAUAACAGAAUUAGGUUGCUUGAGACAGAAGUUUCCAAAUGGAAAACUAAUAGGGAGUGGAAAGUGCAAUACGAGCAGGUUAAGGAUGCCCUUGAAAAAGCAGAAAAGGAGCUCUUCGAGUUUGUGAAGGAGAGCGAGCGUACCAAGGCGGUGUCGGAGAUGGAGCUUAUGGAUUCUCAACGAAAUCAUCCUCAUUCUCCACAGUGGGCGACGAUUUCUCGUGCACGGUGCACGUGCACUUGCCACCACACUACCUUUCGGGUGUCAAAGAACGGCGAGGAUUUGGGGCCUCUCUCCAACUCCAUUGUCGGCGCUGGCGACUCCUGCAGCACCGUAUCUCCCCUUCAGCUUCCCGAAUCUACACAGAACAUGGAUGAGAUUUCUGUUGUUGAUGUGUCGCUUUGGCGAGACACUCGCACAAGUUCAACCCAAUCUGAUGUCACACUGGAGUGCCUAGGGGAGAUAAUGGCUCACGACAUCAAAAUUCAGGAUUUGCAAAACCAGUUGAAUGUUGCUCGUAAUGAGAUGGAUCGCCUCAAUGUUGAACUCUCUCAGGUCUCAACCCGGUAUGCAGACCUUUCAAGCAAGUGCAAAUUAGAGCGGGAAAAUCUAGAUGAGCAGAUGCGAGGUCUGAAUUUGGAGAAGGAAGCCCUCCUUACUGAUCUGGAGGAGAAGUGUGUUGUUCUUGAAAUGAUGAGGAGUGAAAUAUCGACCUUUUCGUUGCAGCUGAAGGCUAAAACAUCGGAACUGACGGCAAUGGAAACUAAGUCGAGCCAGCUUAAGGAUGAGCUCGAUCGUGUUUUGCACGAAUUGGACGAAUCCGAGGUGGAAAAAGUUGAUCUUAGAGAUAAAGUGAAACGUUUAGAGUGCGAAUCAAUCCAUUUUCUUGAAAAGGAGAAGGAGUUAGAAGAAGUAAAUCGAGGACUUGAGGGACAGUUGAAUGCUGCACAAGCGGAAAUGCGAGAACUGUCAAGUGGGAAUAAGGAAACAAUUGCCGUCCUGGAAGUGAAAAUUGAUGAUUUGACGAGGCAGUUAUCCGAGACUCAAAAUCAACUUAAGUCCGAUGAGUCUCUUAGAAUCGAACUUUCUUCCCGGUUGUAUUGGCUGCAGGAAGGGAGGAGGCCGGGUGGUGACAAGGUUAUGCUCCCUGAUACAGCACUUUCGGCAGACGACUUCGGCGCUAAGAUGCGGGAGGUAGUUGCUGAGUUAGAGGAGAAAAUAAGCCUUGUGGAGCACUUAAAAAUGGAACGUGCACAGUUGAUAGAAGCUAGGACUGCAGCCAACAAAGAAGUAUCGAAGGUUAAGUCUGAACUCUCUCAAGCCUGGAAGGAGGUUGCCCGCUUAUCGAAUGAACUCAACGAAACCAGUGACAAUGGUAUGCGGAUUGAACAAUUGGAGUCGUCCCUUAGGACUCGCGAUGCCAAUAUUGCAUCGCUGAACCAAUUGAUUUGUGAAAAUGAUGCUGUCAUUUCUCGUUUGACAGAAGAAAGGAACCACCUCGAGAAAAUUUCCUGUGCUUUAAAAGUUGACUUAGAGGCACAAACUUCUACAUGUACUCUGUUAGUUGAGGAGCGAGACAAAACAAAAAAGGACUAUGAUAAGCGUACUCAGGAAAUGACAGAUGAGAAAAAUCGUAUUCACAAACACACGGAAGCAUUAGAAAGAGACUUAGUGAAACUCACAGGAGAGAAUGAGGAUCUGAGCAAUAAAUGUACGGCAAAGGAUCAGGAGCUUCUUCAUUUGCAGCAGCAAGUCUCGUCAGCACUGGAGGAGAUUGCUCGUUUAUCGAAAGCAAAUCAGUGUUUGAUCGAUGAUAAUGCUAAGUUGGCAGGUGAAAAAGCAGUCCUCAAACAGGCUAUCGACGAAGAAUCUUCUCUUGUGACCAAUUUACGUGACGAGAAUGAUGCUCUGACAACGGAGGUUGCAAAAUUAAAAUUAGAUUUAGAAAAUUACCAGCGGAAUAUUGUUGAGGUUUACGAUGAAAAGUCAACCGUGACCGAAAAGUUAGAGACUCGCAUCAAGGAGUCAAUAAAAAUGGAAAUCGAACUGGCUGAUUUACGGGAUCAGCUGGCGCUGGUGACGGCAGAUCAGAAACGACUGGUAGGAAGUAACGCGAAGCUCAUUGAGACCUUAGCAACGAUGAAAUCAGACCGGUCGCAACUAGAGAAUCAGAUUAGCGAGAUGCGACGACAGUAUGUGCAGGUGAUGGCAGUGCGGACGCAAUGUGAAGAAGAUAAAAAUGUGCUGGAGGAGAAUCUGAAGCGCCUUCGAACCAAUUUACUAACUACUGAGCAGGGCUUGGCCGAAGCACGCCAAGCCGCCUCUGUUGCUAUCUUACACCGUCAGUUUGCGGAGAAUGAGUGCUCCCGUCUCAUCAAAUUUAUCGAGGGGCUUCAGCUGCGGCUAGACUCCACAACAACGGAACGACUGGCUUGUGAAGAGCGCAUGGCGGCGGAAGCAGUGCGCUGUCGCCAGUUGGAAGGGGCUCUGAAUGAAAAGGCAACCAUAAUAAGUGGUCUCCAGCACCAACUCUAUCAGCUCGAUGCUCAGCGUAAGAAGGCUCAGGAAAUGGAGACGUCAACUUUCCUUAAAUACCUGAAUUCCAAGGUGGCUCAAGACGAAGCGAAGAGACGUCUUGCAUUGAUAGACUCUAGUACUUCACUUAUUGAAGGCAAAAGAAGCUUCGACACUUCGUACCAUCUAUCGCAUGAUAAACUGAAUUCGGGAGCUGCCCUCACUACCACAACUGCGGGCGGGUUACCUGCCCUUCCUCUGACGAGAAGGCACUCCGAUAUUUCAGCUUCCCGUAGUUUGCUUAACAGGCGCUGCCAUUGUGAGCAGCUGCGAAGUGAUAUCAAUACGUGUAGUCCAGUGGGAGAAAGGAGACGUCCCUGCACACUACAUUUCGGAAAUGAAAGAACAUUUACGCAGUCACCGCUAUUUGGGGAUGCGUUGCCCUUGCCUCACCAGGAUGCGGCUCUCGUAACACUUGAGGAUGAUGAGGCUGUUUGUCUACAAAACGAGCUCUCAAGACGUGAAACUCAAGAACCCAUCGUUACUUCGUGUUCGGAGGAGGAGAAGGGUUUUGCUGCUGGGAGCGGAAGUUCUACCUCCUCUUCAUCCACCUCGCUGCACAUCAUUCAUAACAAAGACCUCGCCCUGUCCAUCGCGUUAUUUGACCAGGAGACGGAUGCUUUCAUGGAGAAUAGUUGGUCCAUGGUCAGUCCAAUCGUUCCACAAGUAUCUGAGCAACCACCGUUGAAUAAUGUUACCCUGACUACAAAAGCAGUCUAUGUUGCCGAAACAGUGGGACUACCAAGAUGUGCCUCAGCCUCAAGCGACGGAACGAGCAACACUGACACCGACAUGAUUUCCGAACUGGAGGGUUGGCCACCGUAUAGCGAAUGUGCGGCCCCGCUUAGCCCGCAGGCUCUGCGUGGAAAUAGAAUAUUCACAGUUCCAACUCCGUUUGAAUUUCAUUAUCGCCGCCUUCGGCGUCUACUGGUUGCUUCAAUGGAGGAGGAGACGGACACAGAAAUGACUGCAAGCUGCCUUGAGGAAAAAGCUAUCCCUAGAGACGCCCUAAGCUCGUUCGUGGAUGGAACCCCAUGCAGCAGUAACCUCAUCGUCGUCGUGCCUCCCAAAUCCCAGAACCAGAUAAGUCCCAAACCGAUGAGUAUUGAUGCAGACCUGAGCCUCAUUCCUGGAAUUAUCAAACCAAGGGGCACUUUUCGAAUAAGAGACGCGUCUAAGUUCGAGCUGUGUGCACUGCGCGGAGCAAACCAAACGAACACCUCUCUAUCACUCUCCUCUUCACAGAAGCCUUCUCCUAAUAUUGGAGCCUGUGGCGGAUCGGUAAAGUCAGAAGGAAGGCGAUCGAACGUCGACCGCACUCAGGCGAGAUACACCUCUACAUCUCGCCCGACCGUAGCCAAACUGGCCCGUUUUCAGUCUGCUCAGAAGCUCUGCGAUCUCGAUGUCACGCCGCCACCUCUGCGUUCCAGUACUAGCUUGAGCGUGCUGAGCAGGGCUGAAGUAACGAGCACGGAAGGCGUUGCUCUGCCACAGCCCAAUCACAGCAUCAGAGGCAAAUUCGGCAAGGUGAGGGGACGCAAGACCGGUGCUGGGGACACACUAUUCACAUCCGCACCCGGUGUCAAACUGAAGAAGCACAAUAAAUUGCGACUCUCGAAUGUCUUCAAAUCGAAAAAAAACAAGCCAUAUAGCUUCUAA